GAGGAAAGUUUGGAGGAGUGCAGUGGUGGGCUAAGAAGUCCAAGACCCUAGUGGGUGCGGCCAAUGCCGAUACCACCUCCCGGGCUCUGUGGCAGUUCCGUGCGAUGAUCAAAUGCACUAUCCCAAGCAGCAACCCAUUACAGGAUUACAAUAACUACGGCUGCUACUGUGGCCUCGGAGGCAGUGGAACACCAGUGGAUGCCCUUGACAGGUGCUGUCAGGUGCAUGAUAACUGCUAUUCUGAGGCCAAGAAGCUUUCAGCAUGUAAAGGACUUCUGGACAACCCUUACACAGAGCUGUAUACCUACAGCUGCUCAGGCACCACCAUUACCUGUAGCACAGCCAAGAACGACCCGUGCGAGAUGUUCAUCUGCGAGUGCGACCGCAAGGCGGCCAUCUGCUUCGCGGGGGCGCCCUACAACCCGGAGUACAAGAACCUGGACUCCGCCCUGUGCAGCUGACCGCCCGAGGGACGCGGCCGGCCCCGGCCCCGCGCAAUAAACCCUGAC